UAUUUUACACUUCUUCACGAUACAUUCAUUUACUCGACAAUCGCUUCGUCACACUCUGAAUUUGAAACAUGUCAUCCAUAUCAUUCAAUAUAUCAGUGGUUCGACUUCAGCUCCGCGAGGCUUGUAAGGGUCGCGAGAAAAGAGACGACGAAUCGCAGAAGAGAAAGAACGCCAAUAAUUGGAUUGUAGAUUGGAAAGGAGGAGACCUCUCGGAUGCCAGCAUCGAAAACAGGAGAAACAGGUGGAUAAAGGAUAAAUGUCACGGUACUCUGCAACAAAUGGACUUCGUGGCCGGCGUCCUAGAGUAUAUGACAGUACUUGAGCGUCUGAAGAAUCAGUCAGGCUGUACCCCAUCGUCGUUUCCCUUCUAUGGUCCCCUCUUCAGUCCUCCCUCUCUUGAGGAAUUGCAGUUCCGCGGCAAAAGCAUCUCUGCCAAUCCUUCUUCAUUUCUCGUAGAACCUGUUUUAGUCGUACAUCCUCUUUUUUAUCCUGAAAUGGUUCUCGACAAAUGCCCAAAGGCCGGCUGCCAGUCAACGGUCAAACGUAAGGGAUGGAAACCUUUUCGGAGCGUUUAUGGGGUGGAUCAUAACAUCAAAGUCGUCAGCCUUCAAUAUAUUUGCGCAGAGCAUGGGGUUUAUUCGCCAUCUGCAGAUACUUAUUGGGAGGGAUGUAUGCCGUGGGAGCAAGGUCUUUUACCUCAUUUCCUUGCCAAAACUGCGGUGACGAGGGAGCUCUACGACCUCAUUGCGGAGGUACGACCCAAAAGCUCAGUGAAUCAGCUUGUGGAAAAUAUACACCAGCUACAUAUACUGUACAGCAGACGACUUGAAACCCGGUUCUAUGCCGCAGCUCUUCGCGAGCGAACUCGGAUGUCAUUCUUCAACCAAUCGGCUACACCUUUCCCUAUGAUGCUCCAACGAGCCGAGAUCAAGAAGGAUGAUGGACCACCUGCUGUAAGAACUGGCGUCUCCGAAGAUAAUAUCACCGAAUUGAGCGGAAACACCUCGACCGGAACAAGCGGAAACGACAAUGAAAUCGCCAUUAACCCGAGUCCUUCUUUUGACACUGUACGAGCAUGCUAUGAAGACUUUGUGGCGAGGCAGCGCAAGCAUGAAAGCUCGCAGUACAUCCGUACUUUGUCAGGUCUUAUCGCCGCCGUUGACGCGACCAUGAAGGUUGCAAACAAAGCUUCAGUAUAUUCGCGUACAAACAAUGGCAAGAUGCAGGUUGUAAACCCGUUCGCUGGAGGCUUGCUUACAGGAGUGAAUGAAGAUAAAGAAUUAGUGUUUUGGGAAUUUCUCCCAAAUAACUCUCCUGCAGAAAUGCAAGGACCACUUCUCGAAUUUGCUGAAAGAUGUCAUCUGCUUGGUCAAAAUUUCAGUGAGCUUGGCGAAGUCGUCGUUGACCGUUGCUGUGACUUCCGUCGUCGCAUUCACGAGGCGUUACCCGAGGUGUCUGUUGUUCAAGACUUCUAUCAUGUCAAGGAACGAAUUAUGCGGACUUUGCCAGCCAAUUCCGAUCACCGCCAUGCGCUUUCUACAGGUUUGCCCAAGCGAUCGUGUCUUCAUGGGCAAAUAAAAAAGGCAGCCCAGCUCAAUAUCGGCCAAUUGCGGAGCAGUUGACUAGAAUGGAUGAUUUGAGAAGCCAUUUCAUGUCCACACCCAUCGCCACUCUGAUAUUCAGGUCGACUUUCGAUAUUCAGGUCAAACAUGUCAGGGGCGGCUGCCUGCAACGUCGUCAUCCUCAUUUACCCUCUCACACCAGUGGUAAUGAGAACUGGCACAAGCGUCUCGGAGAUUUGGUUCGAGGCAAGGCAUCCAGCUUGACAACGAUUCAGGAUCUACUAGCGGACGGUAUCUUGCGGUACAAUGUGAAGGUUGACAUUUACAAUCUCUCACAACCUGCUGAUUCACCAUCACGACAGUUCCGUUCUGCCCUAGCUAGUUCCCAUCAUGUAUUUGUCAUGAAUCACCUUUUGCGUCAAAGGAGGCCUUAUAUGGGGUGCCGCAACCAUUACUUCUGGAUGUUGCACCUCAUCAUCGUUUUGGUUUAGUUCCCAGACAGCCACCAGGAGAGUUUG